GCAAACAAAUCAAGCAGGAAGAGAAUUGUCUGAUAUCCGUGGUGCUGACGGAUGUUGUUAACGGUUGUGGCCAUAGUUUGUGGCUAUAAAGGGUCUUCCUCAUAACUUAUUUUUUUACAAAUCUUCACUUUUACAGGCAAGAAAACUAUCGUCAUGGCUUCCACGGUGCCCAUUAAGAUUGGAAUAAUUGGUGGUUCAGGCCUUGAUGACCCAGAUAUCUUGGAGGGAAGGACUGAGCGUUAUGUUGACACACCGUAUGGAAAGCCAUCCGAUGCUCUGAUACUUGGGAAAAUAAAAAACGUGGAAUGUGUGCUCCUUGCAAGGCAUGGGAGACAGCACACCAUUAUGCCAUCCAAUGUGAACUACCAGGCCAACAUCUGGGCACUGAGAGAAGAGGGCUGCACACAUCUGUUGGUUACCACGGCCUGUGGUUCACUCCGGGAGGAGAUUCAGCCAGGAGACAUUGUCAUCAUAGAUCAGUUCAUUGACCGGACUACCAAGAGAGCUCAGACGCUGUACGAUGGGCAGCCAACCAGUCCUCCUGGAGUGAGUCACAUCCCCAUGGCUGAGCCUUUCUGCAACCGAACCAGAGAGGUUCUGGUGGAGGUGGCGCGGAGCCUGGGGGUCAAGUGCCAUGUGCGAGGCACUAUGCUGAGUAUCGAGGGCCCCCGCUUUUCCUCGCGGGCCGAGAGCCUGAUGUUCCGCCAGUGGGGUGCUGACGUCAUCAAUAUGACCACUGUGCCAGAGGUGGUCCUCGCCAAGGAGGCCGGCCUGUGCUACGCCAGCAUCGCCAUGGCAACAGACUAUGACUGUUGGAAGGAGCAUGAGGAGGCGGUCUGUGUUGACAACGUACUGAAGACGAUGAAGGAGAACGCCAACAAAGCCAGUAGUAUCCUGCUGACUGCAAUACCUCAGAUUAGUCAGAUGGACUGGGCUCAGACAAUGAAGGCCUUGAAAUCAAUGGCCCAAUCUUCAGUCAUGUUACCGAAACACUAAGCGUGCAGAAAACAAUGAAGUAGAAAAGGAAACCAGACACCACCUGUAUCGCCACCGACUACAGACUCAACUCUGCUUGUGGAUUUGUCAUCAGUGAAUCACAAGAAAGUGCCUCACAUCAAUAAUGCAUGUGCUCUGUCUUCAUCACCCCCCUUCCUCAGAAAAAUUUAAGUGUUUUUCUCUGGAACAGCCAUGAGUAUCGUCACUCCAGCAGUUUUUCUGUCAGUCUCUCUCAAAAGGGCAACAAAGAUUUUAGGUCUUCUAAGGAUUAACUAGAGGUUAUUUUUUUUGUGCAUUUAUAUUUUGUGUGUUCUGUCAACAUUUAAAAUGUAUAUAUUUGCCUGUAAACUUUUUUUUUAAUUUUUUUUAUUGCUGUUAAUUUACUGCAAUAAAAAUGCUUUGCAAGUUUAGCACAUAAGUACUUUGUUACUGCCUUAGUUACAAGUAAUCUAAACCUUUUUUAAAGUAGAAUCUGAUGUCUUGAACAUAUUGCAUGUACUCAAGUAAAAUCUUUUAAAUACCUGGAUACUACUAAAAAUGUCUGGUUAUUAAUACUGGGAAUGUUUAUCUUUUGCUUUUCACAUGCACAUUUUAUUUUAAAAUUAUAAUUGACCACAUUCAAUUAUAAUAGGAUAGGAUCUGCACUGUACGUGAAUUAUUUUCUAGUUAUUAAAACAGCUAAUUGACCGUAUUUGGAGUACUUUUGAGAAUAUGACUGCAUUUAUUGACACUUAGAGAUGACAGACAUUUUGCACACUUUAAAACUUUGACACUGUAAGAUUCAUCAUCUUGUACAAUUGGCCAUUUUGUUGAAGUGCUGGGCCUUCUGUUACCGUUCAUGUUUGCCAUUUCCCUUUUCUUAUCUGCAUUUGCUGCAUCUGAACGUCCUCACGCUGCACAGUAUCUAAAAAAGAAAUACUUGGUACCUUGUAUUUCCUUUAUGUUACCUUGUCUGAAAAACAUGAAUGCAUUAUGCUGCAUACAUUGGCUCAAUAAAACCUAUGGAGAUUUGAAAUCAU